AAUUUACUGAGGAUUUCAUCAUGCGUACUCAGUGGGAGAUUUGUUAGUCUGAAUCUAGCAUCGCAAUGAUGUGGUUGGGGUGUUCGGUUCUUCUUUGUUUGGUGCUGUUUUCAACAAUCAAAGCUCAGUCUUUUUACAUAACUGCACCAAAUUCUUUACGAGUGGGUUCAGACCAAAUAAUAGGAAUUGCCAUUGAUGGCAGAAGGAAAGCUUUGGUUAAUUUCUACAUCCAAGAUCACCCAGAAAAAAGGAGAAACAUAACACAGUUACCGAUAGAUGUUAAUCCAGGAGUUCCGAAAAUAUUUCCUAUUCAUUUGAAUCCAAAGAAUUUCCCACCAGGAUUUUUGGAAGAUAAAAAUUCUGAGAAGACAGUCUCUCUAACUGCUCACAGUGAAUUGUUUCACAAAGAAAUCAUUUUGCCUAUAAACUUUAAUGCUGGUUAUGUUUUUAUUCAGACAGAUAAACCUGUUUACACACCAAGAGACAGAGCUCAUUUCCGAAUUGUAGUCCUUGGUGAAGAUAUAGCACCAUCUGACAAAACAUUUAUAUUCCAAAUUAAGAAUCCUCAAAAUAUUGUUGUCGAAGAAACAACGUAUAAUAAAAAACCUAGGACUGCUUUCACUAGUCAUAAAUACAUAUUUCCAACUCAUGCUAUAUUUGGGACGUGGUCAGCAACUGUGAAAUUUGAGAAUGAGCUGGCUGAAAGCACAACUGUACAUUUUGAAUUUCAAGAAUAUGUGUUACCAACAUUCACCGUUGAACUCAAAACCGAAGAUGUAAUUCUUGAAUCUUCUGAAUUCAUUACUAUUUCUGUGAAAGCAAAGUAUGUACAUGGAGAAAAAGUUAAAGGUUCAGUGAAAUUUCGUUUAGCGGUCCAAGGUGAAAUUCCUGAAGCAGUCAUAUUUGGUUUAUUAGAUGCUGAGCUGGAAAAAGGUUCCCAUAUUUUGAGAUUAAAUACAAAUCAAAUUAAGAAACGUAAAGAUAUCGGUUGGUUUCCAGAAAUAGAAGGAUCUCGUUUUGUUGUUGAAGCAACUGUUACAGAUGAAGUAACUGGAAAUAAAGAGAAAGCUAUCAAUUCUAUUCUUUUUUCCAAAUCCCCAUUUGUUUUCUCAUUUAAGCGAAGUUUGUCAGAUUUUAAACCUGGUCUUAUUUCUACAUUAGAGGCCGAUGUGAAGUAUGUUAAUGGUAAACCUGCUUCAGGAAUCAGAACAAAAAUAACAGCAACAGUAAAUAAUGUACCUUUAGAUAUUGAAAAUAACAUUGCAAUUAGCAAUGAAGAAGGCAAAGUGUUUUUUAGACUGCAACCAGACAUGCAUCAUGAAAGUGUUUCCAUUAAGUUGGAAACAAUUGACCCAAAAUACAAAGGCAGCCAAGCUGUUGGUCAUCAUGUACAAUAUAAGUUUAAUUCAAAAAAUGAUGCUUUUCUAGCUUUGGAAAGAAACAGGGAUCAAACGCUGAAGCCUGGAGAUGUAAUCAUGAAGAUAGUUCAUUUUCACCCAUUGGAGAUCAGUGAUAUAUAUUAUAUGGUCGUUUCUAAGGGUCAGAUUAUUGCUAUGAACAAAUUAAGAAAAGGCAGAGUCAUGUAUCAAGCAGUGGAAUUUCAAAUUACGUAUGAAAUGGUCCCUAGUUUUAGACUGGUAGUAUUUGCUCACUACAGAAAUGAACUUCUUGCAGACUCACUAAAAUUUGAUGUUCAAAGUGUAUGCCAUCCUGAUGCUGAAGUAACUAUUGAAACUGAAUUUCAUGAUGUGUCUCCUGGUGCUAAUGGAAAAAUUAGAAUAAAUAGCAAAGGUGACACCUUAGUUGGCCUUUUAGGUAUAGAUGAAGCUGUGUAUGCCUUGUCUAAAGGCGAUCUGCUGACAAAAGAUAAAGUUUUCAAUGCUUUUGAGAAACAUGAUUCAGGUUGCGGAGCUGGGGGUGGAGUAAAUAUUAAUUCCAUACUUAGUAAUGCUGGAAUUAUUUUAGCAACUAAUAAGUAUUCUCCUCCACAGGAUACAUCUUUAUCCUGUAAUGAAAAGAAAAGGAGAAAAAGAGACAUAACAGCAGACAUAUUGAGUUCUUAUAGUGGAAAAGAAAAGGAUUGUUGUCUACUUGGAAUGAAUAACGAUAUAUAUAACAGAUCUUGUGAAAAUAGAACCGACAUAGUUAUUCGGUAUUUGCAAGGAAAGCAUGAGAAUUGCUCUAAAGCAUUUCUGAAGUGCUGCCUAGAAGAAGAACCAUCAUAUAGAGAAGACGAACCAUAUGUUCCAGGAUCGAAUUUUAUUGAACGCCAUCAAGAACAUAUCUUUGAAAAGAAUUUAUUUUUUCGAAGUGAUUUUAAAGAAGUUUGGAUUUUUAAAGAUAUUGCUAUAAAUGCUGGUAAGAAAUAUGAAUUAUUACUAAGCUUACCCCACAGUAUAACUACGUGGGUUAUUCAUGCCAUAUCAGUGUCACCAUCACAUGGAAUAUGUGUUGCAGAACCGAAAAACGUUGUGUCCUUCAAAAAGAUUUUUCUACAGUUGGAUCUACCAUAUUCUGUGGUACGAAAUGAACAAAUUGAAAUUGCAGCCACUGUCUUUAACUAUGGUGAUCAGACACUACAUGGUACUGUGUAUAUGUAUGGUGUGGAGCAUCUGUGCACUGGAACUGCAAAAGGUGAGAAAAGUGACCCGCAAUAUCUGAUAGUUGAGGGACAAUCAGCAGUGACUGCGACGUUUCCUGUUAUACCGCUGGCAGAAGGAGAGUUCGAUAUUAGAGUUCUUAUUUUAAGUACUGAAGGAAGCGAUGCAGUGACGCGAAAGCUACAUGUUGUGCUAGAGGGAUAUCGUGAAGAAAUUGCUAUUCCUAUUAGACUAGAUCCUUCAAACUUACAACGCAGGAAAACAACACACAUCAUUCAUGAUAGAUAUACUGAUACAAUAAAUGAGAGAGAAAAUCUACAAAUCACAGCUGUAAAAUUACAUAUGCCUGAAGAUUUUGUUCCAGGAACAGAAAGUUGCAUAAUUACAGCUUUGGGGGAUCAACUAGGACCUGCAGUGGAAGUUACUAUUAAUAAUCCUGACAAACUACUGCAGAAACCUCGUGGCUGUGGAGAGCAAAAUAUGAUGUUCUUGGCUCCAACUUUAUACACAAUGAAAUAUUUAAAAGUUAAAGGAAAAAUUACUCCAGAAAUAGAAGAAAAAGGUUAUGCAUACAUACGCCAUGGUUAUAGUAAUCAAUUGGCAUUUAGGAAAGCCGAUGGAUCAUAUUCAGCUUUCAAGCACUCUCCACCCAGUAUAUGGUUGACAGCCUUCGUUAUGAAAGUACUUUGCCAAGCAAAUGAAUUAGUACAUAUUGAUGAAAAUGUGCUGCACACUGGUGUAAAGUGGCUUCUUGACAAUCAACAAGAUUCUGAUGGUUCUUACAUUGAAAGUCACCCUAUGUAUCAUCUUAAUAUGAUGGGAGGUGUUCAAGGAAACAUCGCAAUGACAGCUUUUGCUUUAAUAGCCUUAGAAGAAUGUAACUGUGAUGUUGAGAAACUGAAUUUAGUGAAGGCAAGAGCUUUGACUUUCUUAGAACUUCAUCUGGCAGAUGUAACUAAAGCACUUCCAGUGGCAAUAGUUGCUUAUGCUUUAUCUUUAGGGGACAGUCAUUUAAAGAGAGACGCGCAUGAGAAAUUGUUAUCUUUAGCAAAGCAGGAUGAAGAUGCAAAUACAAUGUAUUGGGACACAGGAAAUCCUGCUAGAAAUAUUGAAGCAACAGCCUAUGGUCUUUUAAAUUUACUGCGUUUCAAUGAUAUGGUGAAAAGUUCUUCUGUUGUCAACUGGCUAAAUUCCCAGCAGUUACAAUCAGGCUCCUUUCAGUCUACCCAGGAUACAGUUAUUGGUCUUCAGGCUCUCUCGGAAUAUGCUAUAAGAUCUCAAAUGCCUUCAAUCAAUUUAGUGAUAAAUGUUACAUCAAGCAACGAUAAAAAUUUCCAUCAGAGUCUGGUUAUAAAUGAGGAUAAUGCAAUGAUCUUGCAGACUUUGGAAGUAAAAAACAUAGGUGGCACUUUAAUCAUCAAAACAAGGGGAUAUGGAAUUGGCUCAUUAUUUGUUACAUUAAUGUACAGUGUGAAUCGUCCACCACAGCAGAACUGUAAAUUCAAUGUGACUGUAAAUGUGGAAGAAGCAGCACCAAAAGCAAAAAUAGAAGAACCUCUUGGAGAGGAUGAUAUUAUAGGAUUGGCGAAAGCUCUAGAAAGUGAUGUUGGUGAAUCAGACUUAGUUGAACCACCGUAUAUUGAAGAAUAUUACUAUUAUUAUGAUGAUGAAAUUCCAGAGAGCAAGACUCGAGUCAGAAGACAAAAUCCAGCUGCAAAAGAUAAACUGAUAUAUGAGAUUUCAAUAUGUGUUAGAUAUUUUGGUGAAAAUACUGCAGAAAUGAGUAUUGUGGAGGUUGGAUUAUUUUCUGGCUUUCAACCAGAAGUAGAAGACCUAAAAUGGUUGCAGAAGAGUCCAUAUCAUCUGAUUCAAAGGUAUGAGACAACUAACAGAGGAAUAACUCUUUAUUUAGCGACAAUUCCUAAAGAUAAGGAGUACUGUUUCAGUUUCCACGUGACCAGGAAAUUUACUGUAGGAAAAACACAAGCAAGUGUUAUAAAAGUCUAUGAUUACUACAAUCCAGAUAUUUCAUGCACUAUGUUUUAUAGCCCUUCAAAGAACAGUACUUUAUUGAAUACUAUAUGUGAUGAAAACCGAGAUUGUCAGUGUGCUGAAGGUGGCUGUCCAACAAUAGAUCCAUUUAAGGAAAUUAGAAAAAUACAAGCAACUUCUGAGAGACGAAAGAAGCUACUUGAUGCUGCCUGUGAUAAUUACCAUUACGUAUGGAGAGGCAGAUUACAAGAACGUGCGACGAAAGAUGGAAUAUUCUUAAAUAUUAAGUUUAUAAUAACAAAAGUGAUUAAGGAAGGUACAGAAAAAGAGGCCCUUAUAGAAGGAGAAACUAGAACUUUACUCUUAAGAGACAUCUGUAGCACUUCUGAACCCCUUCCUGAUGCUGAAUAUCUCAUCAUGGGUCAAGAUGGGAAAAGGUACAAAGAUGACCAUGACGGGAUGUGGCAUUAUAGGUACAUGCUUGACAAGAAGAGUGUUAUUUAUUUGUGGACUCCGGCAAAUGAAGAACUAUAUCGUGAUUUGAAGCAUGUCACUAGAAAAUUAGAUAAAUAUGGUUGUAAACAAUAACAGAAAUAUAAAAGAAAACAUAUUAUUAAAUAUUAAGACAGAAAAUAAACUUAAAUUUUUACCUCUGGUCA